AGCCCUGCCCUGCCCUGCCCGGGGGCCGCUUCCUCCUCCGCGGGGGCUGCGCGGCUUUUAAAGGCGGUGCUCCCACAGCCGGCCCCAGAGCGCCGCCAGUCCUCCGCGCCGGCGUCCGCGCUACCCAAGCCGACCCAACCCGUAGCGGAGCCGGCCCUGCCCGCGGGGCGGCAGCGGCGGGGAGCGGGAGGAGCCCCAUGGGGGGUAGACGGGGCGGCCGGGGGCAGCGCGGCGCCGGCCGCCCCUAAGGCUGCCCGCAGCAUGCCGGCAGCGCUGCUCCUGCUGUGGCUGGGCUGCCUCUGCAGCCUCUGCCGCGGGUACUUCGAGGGCCCGCUGUACCCCGAGAUGUCCAACGGGACCCUGCACCACUACUUCGUCCCCGACGGGGACUACGAGGAGAACGACGACCCUGAGCGCUGCCAGCUGCUGUUCAGGGUGAGCGAGCAGCGGCGGUGCGGGGCAGCGGCGGCGGGAGGCGGCGGGCUGAGCCUGCGGGAGGAGCUCACGGUGCUGGGCCGGCAGGUGGAGGACGCGGGCAGGGUCCUGGAAGGUAUCGGCAAGAGCAUCUCCUACGACCUGGACGGGGAGGAGAGCUACAGCUCGUACCUGCGCCGAGAGUCCGCCCAGAUCAGCGACGCUUACUCCAGCUCGGACCGCUCGCUGAGCGAGCUAGAGGGCAAGUUCCGUCAGGGGCAGGAGCAGGGGGGCCGGGAGGAGGCCCGGCUGGGAGACAGCUUCCUGGGGCUGCUGCUGCACGCCCGGGCCCUGCUCCGGGAGACCCGGCACAUCUCCAGCGGGCUGCGGGACAAGCACGACCUCCUGGCCCUCACCGUCCGCAGCCACGGUGCUCGCCUCAGCCGCCUCAAGAACGAUUAUCUCCGCGCCUGAGCCGGGACCGCCGCCCCGACGCGGGGCGAGGGGCUUCAGACGGCGCCGGCCGCCCCCCGGGAGGCGCCCUCGGGCCAGGGGUCUGGCUGGAAGCAGCACCUCCGUGUGCAAGUGCAUCCUUCAUCCUGGAAAAAACUUAUUUAUUGCAUUUCACCUCCUAAACAAACUGUGUUUCUAUAAACCUGGGGGUUAGAGGUACGAUUAAUAUCCCAUAUUUUAAAAAAUUACAUUGUUUAGCUUUGGUUACAAAGUGAAGUAACUUCUCUCGUCUCUGAUUCCCUGUCGUUGGUUUAUAUAUCAUCUUUUCUACUGCGGCUCACUGGCUGCAAGCGUGGAUAAAGCGCAGUGCUCACCAGCUGUGUCUGGACUCACGUGUGGUACAUUCUUAAAUUGCUUUUGCUGUAACUCUCCUUCAGGGUGAAAUCUUGGGCACUCUAUUAAUUUUCUUAAACUUUUGUAACGGUAUGUAUUCUACGCACGUAAACCAUUGUUCUACUACGUAACUUGAAGCUGUGAUUUCCAUUUGUGUUUUGAAAGACGGGAACUAUUCUGGCAGGAUUUGUACUCUUCCAGGCUUGCUUAUCUGUGACCCUAAGCUACCAUAACCCCAAGAGCCAGCCAAAAAGGCUUAUGUCAGAAUCUGAGAACGCUGAUGUGGAUUUUUAUAGUAAGAAGAAGGAGCCCUAGUGGUGAUUGUAGCUUCAGAUCCCAAAUUGGAGAGCAGGGUUUCUUAAGAGCAUGUUUCUAAAGUAGACAAAAAGGUUUUGUCUGUGCCAGCACAGUGACGUUUCUCAUUGGUGCCUUUGUACUUUUGCUAGCUAAGCUAUUAAUAAAACUAUUUGUGCUUCUAGACAAUAGCAAAAGUGCCUAGUGGGAAAAAGAUGGAGGUUUGUUUGGGUUUUGAGACUCAAUGCAAUUUGUCAGUUUGGGGUAAUAUGGCUACUAGGUUACAGAUGCUGCAGGCGAAUUCACUGUUGGGAUGAAAAAAGUUCAUAUGUUGUUUUAAUAAAUAUUUGAAAACAA